CCUCUCUGCCACCAGGACACAGCCAGGAGCACCGGGAAAGGCCUUGGAUAACCAGAUUGUGUUCCAGGACAAAUACAGUCAGGGGAAAAAAAUUGUAGUUCAUUUCUGCUUUGAUCACACUCAGUCAGAGAGGUGACAGUGGUAGCUGUGCCAGAUGCUCCGAAAGGAAUUGAGGUUGUAAACCACACUGGCCUUCAGGAGGGUUUAGACAGGUCUGGAUCUUGGAGAAUCAUUUCCUUGGACUGGCAUGGACUUUCAACAAAACGGAUUGAACUGUCGUGCUAAUGAACGUGCAGCUCAGUUUUGGGAAUGUAAAUCAGCUGGCAAAGCACCUGACAAAUCAAGUGUCUUAUCCUAACGUAAUGGCUGACUAAAUACACAUUCCUGUGUUGGAGAUUUACAUAAUCCUUCAGAGCACCCUGAGAGUACCAGAGCCUUGGUAGACAGAGGAAAACCUACGAAAGAGGAUGGACAAGCUGCAGAGAUUGCUCCAGAACAAGAUCCUGAUCCUGACAAUUUGUGCUGCUGGGAUUGGAGGCACCUUCCAGUAUGGGUACAACAUCUCCAUCAUCAAUGCCCCAGCCUCAUACAUCCAGGUGUUCAUGAACACGACCUGGCUGGAGCGCAUGGGGGUUCCCCUGGAGAGCAACACGGUGCUGCUGCUCUGGUCCUUCACUGUCUCUGCCUACCCUCUGGGAGGCCUCAUUGGGGCUGUGGCUGCUGGCCCCAUGGCCAUCAUGCUGGGCAGGAAGAUGUCCCUGCUGCUGAACAAUGGCUUUGUGAUCAUAGCUGCAGCCUUGUCUGGGUGCAGCAGGAUGGCCAAGUCCUUUGAAAUGAUCAUGCUCAGCAGAUUUCUUACUGGUGUGAAUGCAGGUGUGAGCAUGAACAUUCAGCCCAUGUACCUGGCAGAGAGUGCCCCAAAGAAGCUCAGAGGAGCUGUGGCCUUGACCUCUGCAUCAUUUACAGCCCUGGGGCUGGUGCUGGGGCAGGUUGUUGGGCUCAGGGAGCUCCUGGGAGGGGAGGAGAGCUGGCCAUUCCUUUUAGCAAGCAAUGUGGUUCCUGCCCUGAUCCAGCUCACAGCUCUGCCUUGGUUCCCUGAAAGUCCCAGAUAUCUCCUGAUCGACCGUGGAGACAAAGAAUCCUGCAUCUCUGCCCUGCAGAAGCUCAGAGGCACCAAUGACCUGAGUGCAGAGCUGGAGGAGAUGCUGGCAGAGCAGGCUGCAGUGAAAGGCCAGAGAGCAAAGAACCCCUGGGAGCUGUUCCAGAACCCAGGGCAGCGCUGGCAGCUGGUGAGCAUCGUGGUGCUGAGCAGCGCCAUGCAGCUCUGCGGCAACGACUCGAUGUAUUUUUAUGCAGCCUAUGUGUUCCAAGAGGCUGGAAUUCCUGAGGACAAAAUCCCCUAUGUUGUAAUCGGCACGGGAAGCUGUGAGCUGAUCACAUCUGUCACUUGUAGCAUGAUCAUAGACUAUGCUGGUCGGAGGCCGCUGCUGCUGGGGGGAUACAUCUUCAUGGCAGCCUGGGCCAUCGUCUUCAUGGUCGCCCUGAGCCAGCAGACUCAGAUUAGCUGGAUGCCUUAUCUCAGCAUGGCCUGCAUUUUCGCCUAUAUCCUGAGCUUUGGAAUCGGACCAGCUGGUGUAACAGGAGUUCUGCCCACAGAGGUUUUUGAUCAAAUGUCCCGACCAGCUGCUUACAUGAUCUGUGGCUCCCUGCUCUGGUUCAACCUGUUUGUGGUGGGAACAGCCUUUCCCUUCAUUGUGAAAAGUCUAGCACAUUUCUGCUACAUCCCAUUCCUUGUGGUUUGUGUCUGCACUGCCCUCUACGUUUGGUUUUUCCUUCCUGAGACAAAGGGAAAAUCCUUCCUGGAAAUCUCGGAGGAGUUUGGGAAAAGGAACUUCAAAACUAAGACCCGUGGAGGUUUCUAUAAAGGCCCUGAAGAGAUCAAAACCACCUCAUUGUAGCAGAAGAAUGGAAGAUGCUAUCUGGGGGAAUUCUGCAAUGAAUUCAGCAGUGGCUCUGUGCCCUUGCAGGGACACAAAGAGAGAAGUUAGAGACAAUCUAUUACUCUUAGGUUCUUAAGUUCAUAUUGAAAACAUACACUUGAACCUAUAAAUCCAAGCAAAAGUUCAAUAAUCUGUUCUCAGCUUUUAGUAGUAACACAUGCAUAUUUUAGAAUCCUUAUCAGAAUGACAGAAUGAUGCCUUACUCUCUUAUCAUCAUACCACACCAUGUAAUGCUUUAGAAAACUUAUUCAGAAUUU